AUGGCUGUCGUCGCAUCUUUGCCCUCCACAAUGCUACCUCGGAGUCAGAUGCAAAUCCGCCGGAAUGGCUUGCUAGAGCUACAUCAAGUCCCGCCAAUCCUACGGCCCCUUCUGCGGGCCUACUUGCUAGGCUAUGCUUCUGCCGUCGCUCCAAGGAUCUUGACCUUGUUGAUGCAGUACAUUACCAAGAGGCGACGCAAGAACCUGACGAACGACAAACAAUGUUCAGGCUUUGUGGAGCAACUGAGGCAAAUAGUUCUUGCUGGCCUGGACCCUCAGCGUUUUCCAACGUUUUGUGCCGUUAUAGUUGGCGGCAGUACGAUAUUAGAGGAGCCACUUCGGCGGUUCUUCCAGCAGACAGCCAAAAACCUCAACGAAGCAACGCGUGUAAGGCUUGCGAGAUGGAGCGCUACCUUUAUCGCCGCUUGGUUUAGUCUGAAGCUUCUGCAGUCUAAGAAGAGCUCAGGGUUCACCGAAACAGUCCCUGUAAAGUCCGAUGCUCCUCCCGGAGUCGAGCGGAAAGAGGUCCGAUAUGCCGGACGAACUCUUGACUUGACCUUGUUCACUUUGACACGGGCACUCGAUGUGUUGGUGGGAGAAGUAUGGUCUCGUAGGCGCGCGCGUCGUUUGGCCCAGGGUCAAUGGACCAAGGUUGAGUCGAUCAUCGGCAGACUUACUGAUCCAUGCUUGUUUGUUUCCUCAUGUGCUUUGAUCAUGUGGGCGUGGUUUUAUAACCCCUCCAGGCUGCCCAUUGCCUACAACAAGUGGAUCAGCUCGGCGGCAAACGUCGAUAUGCGGCUGAUCGAAGCGCUCCAACGGUUGCGUGACGGCAAAUUCAUCUAUGGUGUCGAUAAUGGGCAGGCAGAGUUGCUUCAGGGCAUGUGCGAAAAGUACAAAUGGCCCACGGAAUGGGGAGAUCCAGCCAAGUCCGUUCCCAUCCCUUGCGAGAUGGUCCACAUGGGCAGUGGCCCUUCAUGCGAGAUCCACGCGCUGAGCCGCUUUUACCGGUCCUGGAAGUGGUCUAUGGCCAUGUACCUACCGCUGACCAUGGCGCUCCUCGUACGGGGGCCCAUCAACAGGAAGAGCUUCGUACGGGCUCUGGUCUCGGCGUCGCGGUCAUCGGCAUUUCUGGGUACUUAUAUUACCUUGUUUUACUAUGGUGUCUGUCUUGCAAGGACCCGUAUUGGGCCACAUAUCAUUGGCAAGGACCAGGCAGCAAGGCAAAAGAUUGACGGAGGAUUCUGCGUCGGUGCGGGUUGCUGCCUUUGCGGGUGGAGUGUACUUGUCGAGACUACGAGCCGUCAGAAGGACAUGGCUCUGUUUGUUGCUCCCCGUGCCAUGGCGACAUUGCUCCCGCGCCGGUAUGGCAUGGACAAGCAGUGGAGGGAGACUCUUGUGUUCGCCGCCAGCGCGGCGGUCGUGUUUACCUGCAUUAUGGAGAAUCCGAAACGUGUACGAGGCGUUCUUGGAAGCGUGCUGGGAUUGGUCAUGCGCAACUAA